AUGCAAGUCCUUUCUGCGAAUGACGUCAAAAUCUACAAUUUAAGUGCCGGCAAAUCAAUACCGGAAUGGAUAACAGAUCGGAAAAGGCGCAAAUUGGAACAAAAUGACAUAGAUCUGAGAAGAAGAAUACAGUUGAUACAGGAUUUUGAUAUGCCCGACAUCAGCAAUACAGUCACGGUAUCCCCUGAUGGACGCUAUAUAUUUGCAACGGGUACCUACAGGCCGCUUCUGAAGUGCUUUGAUGUUGAUGAUCUGUCGCUAAAGUUUUCGCGUGGUCUCGAUGCGGAUGUUGUGAAAAUGGCUGUUCUUAGCGAUGAUUAUUGUAAAUUUGUGUUGCUGGAAGAAGAACGGUAUGUGGAGGUGCAUGUGGCUUAUGGAAGAUAUUUUAGGAUGAGGAUACCCAAAUUUGGUCAUGAUAUGGCUUUUUGUCAUGAAGUGAGUGAUCUCUACAUUGUAGGAAGUGGCAGCGAAAUUUUCCGUCUAAACAUGGAAGAAGGAAAGUUUUUGACGCCUCUAAUAACUUCGUCUUCCUCGCUGACAUGUUGUGAGUUCAACAGAGAUCAUCAUUUGUUUAUUUGUGGGACGAAUGAUGGCCGAAUUGAAGCUUGGGAUCAUAGGGACGGGAAUCGUUGUGGCAUUCUUAACUGUGCUUUACAUUUUAAUGCAAAUAACAGCGAGUUGCCAAUAGUGACUUCAGUGUGUUUCAAAGAUGCGCUUCAUCUGGGAGUCGGGACGAGUACUGGUCAUGUUUUACUAUUCGAUAUUCGAUCUAACAAACCACUGCUCAUCAAGGACCAUCAAACUGGUUUGCCAGUAAACAAAAUUGAUUUUGUACCGGGGCACAAUCUUGUUUUGAGUAUGGAUAUGCGUUUAUUAAAGAUGUGGGAAGAAACUGAUGGUAAACCGUUCGCGGCAAUCGAACCUGGAUCUAAUCUAAGCGAUUUCUGCCGAUUUCCAGAUUCUGGACUUCUAUUUUUUGCUAAUGAAGCUCCUAAAAUGCUACAGUAUUUUGUUCCUGCCCUUGGUACAGCUCCUAGAUGGUGUUCAUAUCUUGAGACGAUCACAGAAGAACUAGAAGAAACAGAACAACCUACCGUAUAUGAUGAUUACAAGUUUGUGACGAAAGAGCAGCUUGAAGAAAUCGGUCUGUUACACCUUAUUGGAACUAGCCUUCUGCGUGCAUAUAUGCAUGGAUAUUUCAUUGAUAUUCGGUUGUACAAUAAAGCGAAGACAUUUACGCAACCAUGGGCUUAUGAAAAUUAUAAGCAGAGAAAGAUAAUGGAAAAAAUUGAUGAAGAACGUUCCUUAACUACAAGCAGGAAGUCAAGGAAGCCUAAAUUACCAAGUGUGAAUAGAGAACUGGCUGAGAAGUUGUUAGCUUCCAUGGAAGAAAUGAAAAACGUUAAUUUAAGAACAGAGAGAAAGGAUAAGGAUGCGACUUCAAUACUAUCAGACGAACGUUUUGGCUCCCUGUUUACAAACCCCGAUUUUCAAGUUGAUGAAAGCAGUGAGCAGUUUCAACUGCUUGUCUCGGCUAUGAAAAAGAUAGGAGGGAAACGACAAAAAUUGUCGAAAAAAGAUGUUGGUAGUACAAGCAAUAACAACAAAAAGUCAGAAAUGCAAAGUACAGAAGAUCUAGACAUCUAUGAAAGUACAAACAGCGCUAGCAGGAUGAGCGAUGAUGAAAGUUUCACUGAAGUUGAUGACAAGAAAGAUGAAGAAAAUAAUGCAGUAGGAAAACCAUCUAUGAUCCGUAAUGAGGAAGGUAGUGAUGUUGAAGAAAUACAAUCGGCAGUGCGAGAAAAGUGGAAAACUAUGAAACCAAAAGGUUUUGACUUAAUCGAAUCAGAUAUUGAUGAAGACACUGUACAGUGCUUAAAGCAAAAGAAGGCUGAUGAAAGCGCGGUUUCAUUUUUUGCUCAGGAGGAAGUUGAAACGAUGGGUAUGAAACGCAAGGAUUCAUCAGAAGAUGUGGGCGGAAGUGAACAGUGCAUACCAUUUGGUGGGCUGAAAAUGACAUUUAAAAUGAAAACCUUGGGGUUGGCUGCAAAAAAGGAAUGUUUAGCAAGAAGAGAAAAGGAACAUUUAGCGGAAAGGAAGGAAGUUAGACGAGGUAUAAAAGGAAUAACCAAAAUGUUGAAAAGACCUCCCGUAUAG